AUGGAGAAGGAGGCUGGGUUCCAGAAGGAGCCAGGAGGCCAUGGCUGGCUGUUGGCCUGGCCCCCUGAUCGGUUUGGGGAUGACUCCGUGGUGUUCUGGAACGUUCCUGAGGGUGGGGGUGGGCGGGAUCAGUGCAUCCUGGAGUAUAUAAUUUGUCGUAUUCCUCUCCUCCCCCCCUCUGGUAUUCGGGGUCAGGUGUUUGCCAACCCAGAAGACUGUGCGAGUUUCGGCAAGGGAGAGAACACCAAGAAGUAUCUUCGGACGGACGACAGCGUGGAGCGUGUGCGGAGGGCGCACCUGAACGACCUGGAGAACGUGGUUCCCUUCGUGGGCGUCGGGUUGCUGUACGCGCUGAGCCGGCCCGCGCCGGCCACGGCGCUGCUGCACUUCCGCGUGUUCGCGGGCGCGCGGCUCUUCCACACCGUGGCCUACCUGCUGCCGCUGCCGCAGCCAAGCCGCGCGCUCGGCUUCUUCGUGGGCUACGGGGUGACGCUGUCCAUGGCCGGCCGCGUGCUGCAGGCGGCGCUGCGCCUCUGAGCGGGGCGCGCGGGC